UUUUCUUUUUCCCCAUAUUUUUGACCGUUGCUUUUCUCAACCCAACAUCUCUCUCUCUCUCUCUCUCUCUCUCUCUCUGUAUGUGAUCAUUUCAGUACUUCAAUCCUAUUCCCGCCCACACUACAGAGCUCUGGAAAUUACAUAUGAAUCUAGUCAAUAUCAGACAACAACACCCUUGUUAUUUUCUGUUUGAUUCAAGCCUGAAGAAUUCGUAGAAAUUAGAGACUGAAGAGAAAAGAGAAAGGAGAAGAGAGAUAUGGGCUGUACUACGUCAAGGUUGGAUGAUGAAGAGGCAGUGCAGCUGUGUAAAGAUAGAAAGAGAUUUAUUAAACAAGCUGUUGAGCACAGGAUGCGAUUUGCCUCUGGACACAUUGCCUAUAUCCAGUCCUUGAAAAGAGUUUCUGCGGCUCUUCGUGAUUACAUUGAAGGAGACGAGCCCCGUGAGUUCUUACUGGAUACAUAUACUACACCGCCCUUCACACCAUUAAAGAAAACAAGCACUGGUUUUAUCUCUAUUUCGGAAAAACCCUUCUCAGCAGUGCCAAUUCAAUCUGAACCCAACUCAUCUUUGAAAAUAAAUUACCUAAGAUCAGGCGGGAACCCAGCUGUUGUCAUUGAGGAGAGACCUCCACAAUCACCAGAAACUGUUAGAAUUGAAACUUACCCUCCUAUGUACUAUUUCGGAGUUGAUGGGUUUUUCGAGGCACAGUCCUCGCCCAUGAAUUCUUCGUUCUCUUAUACUCCCAACAACAGACCCAAUUUGCCUCCGCCAUCACCUCAAAAUUCACAUUGGGACUUCUUUUGGAACCCAUUUACAUCCUUGGACUAUUAUGGUCACCCCAGCAGGAGCAGCCUUGAUCAAGCAAUUGUAGACGAUGAGAUCACUGGAAUGAGGCAGGUUCGAGAAGAAGAAGGUAUUCCUGACUUAGAAGAAGAGGAAGCUGAAGAAGAGGAAAUCCAUAAAAAUGUUAAUAUAACAGAAGAAAGAACAAAAAUUGAUUCAAACUGCCCCAGAGAAGAAGUAAUUAUUGAAGAUGAAGAUGAACAGUUUGAAACAGACAGUGGAGCUGAAAAUGAUCAUGAAGUGAAAGGAUUACAAUCUCAUGGCAAAGAAAGCAUAGAAAUAUCACAAGCACAAAAUGCAGGACAAGUUGAAUUGAGCAAUCAAGAAAAGACAGUUGGUGAUCGAGAAGGUAAUGAAGAAACACCUGGUUACACCGUUUAUGUAAACCGAAGGCCAACAAGCAUGGCGGAAAUUAUCAAGGAUCUUGAAGCUCAGUUCACAAUUGUCUGCAAUUCAGCUAACGAAAUCUCAGCCAUGUUAGAAGCUAGCAGAGCUCAAAUCUCAUCAACGUCAAGUGAACUAACAGCCAUGAAAAUGUUGAAUCCAGUGGCUUUGAUCCGUUCGGCUUCAUCUCGAUCCUCCUCAUCGAGAUUCCUAAUAAAUUCUUCAAGUUCCAAGGAUGAAGGCUAUGAAAGCAGCAGUGACUUCUCUGAGGAAUCCUGCAUGUUUUCUGGGAGCCACCAAUCAACACUAGACAGGUUGUAUGCCUGGGAGAAGAAGCUUUUUGAGGAAGUCAGGUCUGGAGAACGGUUUCGAAUUGCAUAUGAAAAGAAAUGUAUGCAACUCAGCAAUCAAGAUGUGAAAGGAGAGGACCCCACUGUAGUGGACAAAACAAGGGUAGCUAUCCGAGAUUUGCAUACACAGAUGACUGUUUCAAUACACUCAGUUGAAGCUGUUUCAAAGAGGAUAGAAACUUUGAGGGAUGAAGAAUUGCAACCUCAACUUUUGGAAUUGGUUCAAGGGUUAGCAAGGAUGUGGAAAGUAAUGGCAGAAUGUCAUCAAUCACAGAAGCGGACCUUGGAUGAAGCCAAGCACUUGCUAGCUGGCACGCCUUCAAAACUCGCUGGGGCAAACAAACAUACUGUAAUCUCACGCACAGAGCCACAUCUUCUAGCACGUCCAGCCGCUAACCUUGAGACAGAAAUCAGGAAUUGGCGAGCCUGUUUUGAGUCAUGGAUCAAUUCUCAACGAUCCUAUGUGCAUGCACUAACUGGAUGGCUCCUACGGUGCGUGCGCUCUGAUGCCGAAACAAUAAAAAUGCCAUUCUCUCCUCGAAGUUCCAGCGGGGUCCUCCCAAUAUUUGGAAUAUGCAUCCAAUGGUCAAGGUUUCUGGAUGCCAUCCAUGAGAAUGCAGUGCUAGAUGGACUGGAUUUUUUUGCAUCUGGGAUGGGUUCUCUUUAUGCACAACAGCAAAGGGAAGACUCUCGUCGCGCUCCAACUGGGUCGAAGCGGUAUGAGUCAAGUGGAAAUAUGGAAGUGGUGGGGUUUGGGCAGGAAGAGGAGGAGGAAGUAUUAACAAUGCAGAAAAUGGCAGAAGUUGCCGUUAGGGUCCUAUGUGCUGGAAUGUCAGUUGCUAUGAGCUCCCUGAGUGAGUUUGCUAUUGGCUCUGCUGAGGCUUAUGCUGAUCUUGCCAACCAAUGGGAGAAUGCUGCCAAGAGGACGCAAGGUUCGAGCAGGGCUGAAAUGUAAUUUUUCACUGAUAAUCUUGUUAGAUAGUUUCACUUGAUCAUGUAAUUACAAAUUUUAGCUAAUCAUAACAGGGUGUUAUAGGCCCCCUUCCUGAGAGAGAGAGAGAGAGAGUGUGGAGUAACAGAUGUGAAUACGCUCUUUAUGGCUUAUCUAGUUUAACUUCACCAUUCGCCAUUGA